AUGGGCACAACACUAUCGACCAUCAAGGCGCUCUUCGCCCCCGCGCUCAUUUCGCUCAUCAUCUUUCUCAUCCUGACCUAUGUCAUCGUCCCUUGCUGGACGCGCUACCGCAACCGCUAUGCCCAGUACCUCCCGCUCGACACCCUCCAGAAUCAGACCCUGUCCCUGCGCGGCCGCCUACAUGGUGCCUUCAGCCGACUAAUGGCCUGGUCAAUAUGGAGGGCGAGGCGAAACGCCGACCGCGUGGUCGUUGCGGAUCGCGGGUCAUUUGACUCGGAGGCUGGCGAGGAGCUCGGUGCGGUUGACGAGGAGACAGCAAGAAGAAUGAGAAACCAGCAUGGAGGGCGCAGCGGUGUCGACACCUUGAGGAGGGAUUCAUGGAUUCUAGCGACGGAGACGGGCAGGAGGAGGAAGAAGAAGAAGGAGGAGGAAGGCGAAGGGGUCCACGAGAUGGCGACGCCCGAGGAGCAGGCGAUCCAGUUCAAGAACCAGGGCAACAAGGCCUUUGCAGUUCACGACUGGCAGACUGCCAUUGACUUCUACACUAAAGCCAUCGAGCUUAAUGACAAGGAGCCGACUUUCUGGGCCAACCGAGCGCAGGCCCAUUUGAAGACGGAAGCCUACGGCUAUGCGAUCCGCGAUGCCACGAAAGCGAUCGAGCUGAAGCCAGAUUUCGUCAAGGCUUACUAUCGCCGCGCGACAGCCUAUGCCGCCAUCCUGAGGCCCAAAGAUGCCGUCAAGGACUUCCGGCAGUGCGUCAAGCUCGACCCUAACAACCGCGAUGCCAAGCAGAAGCUCGCUGAGUGCGAGAAGAUUGUGCGCCAACUAGCUUUCUUCGCCGCUAUUGAAAUCGGCGAUGAGCCGUCGGCCGCCGAGGGCCUCGAUGUCGAUUCGAUCCACGUCGAUGACUCGUAUGAUGGCGUCCGGUUAGAAGGCCAGAUGACGCAGGAGUUCAUUGACGACAUGAUGGAGCGCUUCAAGAAGGGCAAGACCAUACACAAGAAAUACGUUUACCAGAUUAUCCUGGCCGUCAAGAAGAUUGUCUAUGACGAGCCUACCCUGGUUGAGGUCGAUGUUCCUGAGGGCGUCGAGCUUACCGUCUGCGGUGAUACACACGGCCAGUACUUCGACCUAAUGGAGCUCUUCAGGUUAAACGGAAAGCCGAGCGACAAGCACUGGUAUCUCUUCAACGGCGACUUCGUUGACCGCGGUUCGUGGUCGACCGAGAUUGCCCUCGUGCUCUAUGCCAACAAGUGGCUGCGGCCGAACUGCUUCUUUAUCAACCGUGGCAACCACGAGACCGAUGACAUGAACAAGAUUUAUGGCUUCGAGGGCGAGUGCAAGGCGAAGUACAACGAGCGCGUCUUCAAGCUUUUCUCGGAGAGCUUCUCGGCCCUGCCGCUGGCUCACCUGAUCGGCAAGAAGUACCUCGUGCUACAUGGCGGUCUCUUCUCGGACGACAACGUCACGCUCGACGACAUCCGCAAGCUCGACCGGCACAAGCAGCGCCAGCCUGGCCAGUCCGGAUUGAUGAUGGAGAUGUUGUGGACAGACCCGCAGCCCGAGCCUGGCCGCGGUCCCAGCAAGCGCGGGGUCGGCAUGCAGUUCGGCCCUGACGUGACCAAGCGCUUCUGCGAGCGCAAUGGCCUCGAGGCUAUCAUCCGCAGUCACGAGGUGCGCAUGGAGGGUUACGAGGAAGAGCAUGAUGGAAAGUGUAUUACUGUCUUCUCGGCUCCCAAGUAUUGCGACAUGACGGAGAACAAGGGUGCGUACAUCAACAUCGGUUCUGACUACAAGCUGCGGUUCGCGCAGUUCGAGGCCGUUCCUCACCCAGAUAUCAAGCCGAUGGCCUAUGCCCACAACGCUCUAUUUUCUGCCUUGAUGUAA